UUUCAUCUAUCAGCACCACUUCAAUAAAUAAAUAUACAUACCUUCUUGUGAGGAGAAUCUCCCUGCCAUCUCUUACAAAUAAAAUACAGACACCCAAUAAAACUAUAAAAAAAACCAAAUAAUUAAGAGAUGGCAAAGUUCUCUCAUUCAGUUCUCUUCCUUGCUGCUGCUCUCUGCUUCGUUUCAGCUGUAAGCUGCGAAGACUUCAAAGUCCAUGGAAUGGUUUACUGUGACACAUGCCUCGCCGGAUUCGAGACCAGAGUCAGCGAAUACAUUUCAGGCGCAAAUGUGACCUUAGAAUGUAGAGACAGAGAAGGAGGUCAUCUGACAUACACAGGAAACGGUGUGACUGAUGAGACCGGUGGGUACACCAUCUUGGUUGAUGGAGAUCAUGAAGAAGAGGUUUGUCAAGUGGUGCUCACUGAAAGCCCUAGAUCUGAUUGUACCAGGAAAAUCCCAGGAAGGUCAGUUGGUCGUGUUGCCAUCACCGCUAACAACGGAAUCCAAGAACCAGUUAGAUUUGUCAACUCUCUUGGUUACCUCAAGGAUGAGCCACUUGAUGUUUGUCCUCAAGUUAUUGCUGAAUUGGGACUUACCCCUGAAGACAUCAUGGUCUAAAUUUACUGACAUUUGUCAAAUUGUAUAAUCAAAUUAUAUGAAUAAAUAAAGAUUUUAUGUCUGUCUCUAA